AUGCGAGCGAGGGAUUCAAAGCCCGAGCGAGCAACGACCUCGUCGAGGUCGAACGACGCCGCGAGCGCGCUGUCGCGGUCGCGAGGGACGCCGGCGCUCGCGCUCGCGGCGCUAGGGCUCGGAACCGUCGGCGUGCUGCUCGCGCGUCUGCGCGCGGGCGAUCGAACGUCGGGCGAGGGGCUGGCGAAGGAUGAUUGCGUCGGGACGGCGAAUGCGCUGGACGCGGCGGCGACGGGACGCGAGGACGAGGAGGUGGCGACGACGGCGACGGCGUCCGGGGUCGCCCAGGAGACGCGAGAUGACGCAUCUGUGAAGGAUGCGCCGAUGGUGGUGAAAGAAGCGACGACGGAGACAGCGACGACGAACGGGGAGACGUUCGCGGCGCCGAGGGCGCCUUCGCCGGCGACGGCGGUAAAGCCGAAGACGCGGAGUCGAUCCGUAUCAUCCCUGCGCCCGGCGCUCAAACUUGAGGUCGAGAGCGGGCCAAGUCGAGGUGCGACGAUGAUUGCUUCGCUCGGCGUGGACGAGUUCAGCUUUGGUCGAGGACAGAAGAACAGGUUCGUCGUCGAGGGCGCCGAGGUAUCAACGGUGCACGCCGAGGUUCGAUGGGACGGGUCCUCGUGGAUGAUGCGAGACAUGGGAUCGCUCAACGGCACGCGCUUGAACGGUGCGACAAUUUCCGUCGAGUCUCGAGUGCCGGGACCGUGGGAGAAGAUCUCGCACGGCGACGUCAUCAAGCUCGGCGAGCGCAGCGGAAGUCCGCACGUGUCGGUACACUUCUUCAGGGACGAAUCCAUCACCAAAGACUCGGCGCUGCAUCUUCAUCACGUCGUUCGAGCUGACGGAUCGAAGGGUCCGAAAUCAGAGGAUAGAGUCUUGGUGGAAUGCCCUCUUCGAGGGAAUCCAGCCGUGGGAGUGUUCGCCGUGUUUGACGGGCACGGCGGCCACAUGGCCUCAGAGCGCGCGCGGACGUUAUUCCCAGAAGUCCUCGCGCGACGAUUAGCCGGCAAAGUUCCUGGUCCAGAGGGCGUGCGAACGCUUCUAGAGGAAGCUUUUAUAGAAAGCGAUGAAACAAUGGCGGUGGAGUACGAAGGAUGUACGGCAAGCGUCGUUUUGGUAUGGAGAGACACCAAAACAGGUGGCCUCAUGCUUCAAGCUGCAAAUGUGGGUGAUUCAAGCGUCGCGAUAGGAUCGGCUCCGGCGCCGAGUGGGAAAACUCACGACGCGCAUUAUCUUACCCCAGAGCACAAAGUACGCCAUGCAGAGGAAAAGGAUCGUCUGAACAAGGCUGGCGCUGAAUUACCGCCCGAGGCGACGCGCCUGUACGGUCUCGCCCUGUCUCGCGCUCUCGGAGACAAGUUCCUCAAAGAUCAAAAUGUCGGCCUCAUCGCUCAUCCCUUUGUCACCGAGGUGAUUCACAUCGAGCCGGAAUCACGCGAGAAAGUUCUAACCAUCGCGAGCGAUGGCAUAUGGGACGUCAUCAAUCCAGCAGAAGUUUACGACGUGUUGCAGGAGGGCGACUCGUGCGCGCACACAGCUUUGCAAAGGUUAGUCGCGAGCGCACGUCGUCGCCGCAGCGUGGACGACAUCAGCAUCAUUAUGGUGCGCUUAGCGGAUCGACCUUUUGACGAUUAG